AGGUGAAAGAUAUAUUAGGAAAUGUGAAACCAUGAGAUGCCCGUGUUCCCUACUUCACUUCACUCCAAAUUCUCUUGUUUUACUUCAACUAAAGUAACCCCUAUCAUUAUACUAUAUGACCCAUCAAUUAAAAGAAAUCAAAGAUACAACCUUUUUCAUUCUCUCUCUUUCUCUUUCUCUUUCUCUCUCUCUCUGCUCCACUUUUCUUCAUAACCAUUGCAAAUCACUCUCCCCCAUACUUUGCUCCAAACUGAAUCACAGAUAGUGGUUAUAUGUAGACGAAGAGAAGAGAAGAUCAAAUCAAAUAAUGUGAUCAAUUCAAGUGACGAUAUGAUGUGGGAGAUCUCCAGCCAUUGGAGGACCUUGGCUUUCUUCCUUUUCCUUCUGAUUCAUUCAUCCGCUCUAAACUCCGAUGGGACUAUCUUGCUCUCUUUCAAACACUCUGUUCUUAGUGACCCUCUCUCUGUCCUUAACAAUUGGAACUACGCCGAUCAGACCCCGUGCAGCUGGACCGGUGUCAUAUGUGUCCAAGUACAACAGGGUCCACUCGGGUGGUCAGACAUGUUCCGGGUCAUCAGCUUGUCCCUCCCAAGCUCUCAGCUUUUGGGCUCAAUACCGGAAGAUUUAGGACUUCUCCCUAAUCUUAAGACCCUUGAUUUCUCCAACAAUUUCCUCAACGGUACUCUUCCUGCCACACUUUUCAACUCUUCUCAGCUCCAGAUUCUCUCUCUAGCUAAUAAUAUGAUCUACGGCGAAAUCCCGGAACCAGCCGGAGAAUCAACCGGCUUGAAAUUACUCAAUCUGUCGGACAAUGCAUUGGGUGGAAGUAUUCCCCAAAAGAUGGCUUCUUUUCAGAAUCUGACAGUUCUUUCUCUCAGGAGCAACUAUUUCUCAGGCAGUAUUCCGGCAGGUUUUGGGUCCGUCGAGGUUCUGGACUUUUCCUCGAAUCUGCUCAACGGAUCUUUGCCUACUGGUUUUGGAGGAGAAAAUAUAAGAUUCUUGAAUCUCUCUAGUAACAGGCUUUCCGGAUCCGUAUCUUUGGAUUUCGCAAAGAAGAUUCCGGCGAAUGCUUCUAUUGAUCUCUCGUUCAAUAAUCUUACCGGUAAAAUCCCGGAUGCUUUGUCAUUGUUGAACCAAAAGACAGAGUAUUUCUCCGGAAAUGCGGAUCUUUGCGGAAGGCCGCUGAAGAAGCAAUGUACAAUUCCAUCAACUCUAACCGUUCCUCCAAAUGUCACUUCAAGUAGUUCUAGUUCUCCAGCCAUUGCCGCCAUUCCUAGGCCGAUUCAAUCGGGAAGCACUGAUCAGGGCUCUCAGCAGCAACAGAGCAAGUUGAAAGCAGGUACUAUAGUCGGAAUUGCCGUCGGAGAUUUAGCUGGAAUAGGGUUGCUCGUUGUUGUAAUCUUUUACGUCUAUCAAUGGAAGAAGAAGAAUAGAACAGAGGAAAUCAAUGGCAAUGGCAAUGGCAAAGUCAAAGAAGAUCCGCCAAAAGAUUCAAAAGGUAUCGCAGGAUGGUCUUGCCUGAGCAUGUUAAACGGAGAGGAUACAUCGGAUGCAACAGGCUCUGAGAGCGAUGAGAACAAUGGGAUUGAUAGUUUUCAUGUCCCAGCCGGUAAUGCCACCAACGACGGUGAAAUUGUUAAGAAAGACGAUAGGUUGCUGGUCAUGGUGGACGGAGAAACAGAGCUGGAUCAGGAGACGUUGCUGAAGGCGUCUGCUUAUAUAUUAGGGUCGAUGGGUCCAAGUAUAGUUUACAAGGCGGUGCUCGGAGAUGGGACGGCUUAUGCAGUCAGAAGAAUCGGGGAGGGAGGAGUGGUGGUGAAGAUGAGAGAAUUCGAGAGUCACGUCAGGGCAAUAGCUAAGUUGCGGCAUCCCAAUUUGGUGAAAGUUCGUGGGUUUUAUUGGGGAGAAGAUGAGAAGCUCGUUAUCAGUGAUUAUGUCUCCAAUGGCAGUCUCGCCACCAUUACUGGUUAUAAAAAAAUGGGAUCUUCUCCGAGCUACCUACCGUUUCAAGUGCGGCUCAAGAUAGCAAGAGGGAUAGGUCGUGGGUUAGCAUACAUUCACGAUAAGAAACACGUGCAUGGAAACGUCAAGUCCAGCAACAUCCUCUUAACACCCGACAUGGACGCCGUCAUCUCCGAUUUUGGCCUUAACCGUCUCAUCACCGGUGGUGGCCGCCACCACCGUCGCAGCAGCGCGACAGGCGGAGCCACCCGCCACUUUGGAAGCAAGAGAUCCUCCGCCUCAAACGACGAUCUCUCUGUGGCGGCAAGCAGCCCGUAUUCGGCGGGAUUUGUGGGGUGCACUUCUCCUUAUCAUGCGCCGGAAUCCCUUGAGAAUCUCAAACCAAAUGCUAAGUGGGACGUUUAUUCUUUUGGAAUUGUAAUCCUGGAGCUUCUAACCGGGAGGGUUAUCUCCGACAGAGAAUUGGCCCAGUGGGCCGGAGGUUCGGUGACGAUGGAGGAAGGUGACCGAGUCUUGAGGAUGGCUGACGUGGCGAUCAGGGGUGAGGUGGAAGGGAGGAAAGAUGCCAUCUUGACAUGCUUUAAGUUGGGUUUGGACUGUGUUUCGUUGGUCCCACAGAAAAGGCCUUCCAUGAGGGAAAUUGUACAAGUCCUUGACAAAUUACCUUAAAAAUGAUGAAAGCAAAAGGUGGAUCGAACAAUUGUGAUUUUCUUUUUGACUAAAGAGGGGAGGAUUGCAAUUUCUUCCCCCCCCCCCCCCCAGAUAAAUGUUUGGGUCUGUUUAUUCAUUGUAUUAUUAACAUUUGGACUCCAAAUUUUAUAUGAUCCAACCCUGACUGCUGAUAUAUAUGUUAAAAAGACAAUAUAACACAAGCAACAUGCAUCAUCUAUU